AAGUUGAUAUUAUUGGUAAAAAAAAAAAAAAAAAAAUGAAGUGAAGGUCUCACGUAACAUACUAUUAGUUCAAAUUUGCCGCUAGGGAGGUACCAUCAGCUGAUAGGGAUAGCACAACUGACUCGGCACUCCUCAGUGUAAACAGGGAAACAACAAGAAGGCUCCUGCUCAAGACCUGCCAGUCCAGCUACCUUACAGUAAUCAAGACCGUAACAUGAUAAUGCUUACUGAAAGCUGAGACAUGCAGAGCUGAAACUAAAUGCAUGUAUAACUUUCAGUCUGACCAGAAAAGAAGAUCUGAAUGUGACUCCACCAGGCAAAGGCAACCAUCCAUGACCUUUAAAAAUGUUCAUGGAGAAGAAAUAUAUGUGGAUGUGAGGUUAAAGAAACAUUCCAACAACAAGCGUGCAGUUGAGGUCAAUGUAAGUGGUGGUCGUAUACAGUUCCUGCCAUGGAUCAGAUACACACUCAUCUUAACUGUAAUGGCAUUUGUCAUACAGUUCCAUACACUCCAUGUGGGAUGGCUGUGCACUGCUGUUCUUAUGCAGCUGGCAACGCUGAUGUACAGGAUCCAUGGAAAAAUAGUCUCCGAAACAUUGCUGGUUGUUGCAGGUCUUGGCAUACAGACAACUGCAACAUUCUACAUGGGAAAACAACAUACACGAUUUAUUCCUUGGGGAAGUGUAGUUGACAUAAUAAUUGCAGAAACUAUAUCAAUGCAACGUGUGCUAUUUUACAUGGCUCUCCUUGUGAAAGAAGAGGCUGCAGUGCCAAACCAAGAAUUAAUUCCACUAUAUUUAAACACCUGGCCUCGUCUGCCUUGUCUCCGAUAUAUUUAUUCAGCAUGCCAAGAUGUCUUGAAUCCUAGUCUUAGUCUUAGAUGAUCCAGUUCAGAAAAAUUUUUAGAUAUGUAAACUAUAAACUGCAAAAUAGAUGAUUGUACAUACAUAUGUUUCUCUCUGGGUUGAAAUCUUAAUAUAAUUUCAUGUGUAAAUGUUUUACACAAGCUCAUCUCCAAAGACAAAUUAAAUUAGCUCACAUGCUUAUUAGGUCUGAUUCUGAACUGGAACAUGAGUCAGUAACCUGAUGAUUUCCUCAAAACCACAUAAUUUGACCAGGUGUCA